CGGUGGUGUGGUCAUAAACGCCCUGACAUCGGGUCCACCAUCAUUUAGCAAGCGGGCGAGCCGUCUCCGACCAGUAGCACUGUACAUCUUCUUGAAGCUGCGCACUGGAGGAGGCGCAAAGGGGGGGAGACGACAUGGCUUCAGCAGAAACAGAGAAAUCCAGCAUGCCGCCGAUUAUGGGGGAAAGCAACGGAUCUGUGUGCUCGCGAUUAUCGUGGGCGAGUGCUAGUUACCCCGAUUCUGCUGUUUUUGGCGUCGAUUCGGAGAGGCUGAGCAUGCUGCGAGAGGUUACCGAGGACGACCCCAGUGGCAGAUUUGCGGAUUUGAUGGAUUCUGUUGACGUUAGGUCAUAAACAGGCAAUGUGGAUCUAGAUGACAAUAGGGCUUCGAGGAUGGAGAAUAGAUAUACGGCUCUUGAUGACAAAGUUGGAUGGGUUACAAGGAACAGGAAGGUGGCAAUGCCAGACGAGAGAGCAACAAGUGCUAAAAGGGUGACAGCCCUGGAAACAGCACUCACAGGAUUUGCCGAAAGAAAAAAAGACACGGUGGUGACACCAUCGGUUGGGCUGACUUUUGACUCUAUAAUCGAGGCCUACGAUUUUUACAAUCUUUAUUCCUGGGAGACAGGGUUUGGCAUCAGAUAUGCAAAGAGCAGAACCAAUGUCAAAGGAACGAGAUGCAUGCAGGAGUUUGUGUGCUGCUGCUCGGGCAAGCCAAAAGAGGCGAACUCAACAUCAUCACGGUGUCAAUGCCAAGCCAUGAUAAGACUCUUGCGUAUAGAUGACAAUGGCUGGUACAUCAACGAAUUCAGGUCCAGCCACAAUCACUCGAUGUUGAACACAUGUGCUGAGAAACUCCACUUCCCUUCACAUAGGCAUAUUGACAAAUAUACGAGAGAGCUAGUAUCUCAGCUUAGAGAGAAUAAUGUGAACCUGAGCAAAGUUUACAGCAUUCUUGCAACUUUUUUUGGAAGGGUAGAAAACGUUCCGUUCACCAAAAGAUGCUUGAGGACACUGUGUGGGAAGCUGAGUAGGGAGCAGGCGGACGAUGAUGUACAGAAGACUAUGGCCAUCUUUUCAGAAUUGAAAGUCCAAGACGGCGAGUUUACUUACAAUGUGUAGGUAGACGAUGAAAGUAGGAUACGCACUCUCAUGUGGACAAAUGGGCGUAGCAAAAAACAAUACCAUCACUUUGGCGAUGUGGUCACAUUCGACACAACAUACAAGACCAAUCUAUAUGAUAUGCCAUUCGGAAUUUUUGUUGGCGUGAACAACCACUUCCAGAGUGUGUUGUAUGCUGGUGUGCUCAUGCGAGAUGAGACGGUCGACACUUUCAAAUGGAUUUUUGAUGAGUUUGUGAAGAUGAUGGGAGGGAAAAGACCAAUUACAAUUUUGACAGACCAAGCCAGGGCGAUGGAAGUCGCCAUUGAGGAAAUAUAUCUAGAUGCAACACACAGAUGGUGCAAGUGGCACAUCCUGAAGAAGGCCAAAGAGAGCCUGGGGUCUAAUUACACAAAGAAGUCUGAUUUCAGGGCAGAAUUCCACAAGUUGGUCCACGAGAUGCUCACCAUCGAGGAGUUCGAGGACGGGUGGGUAGAGUUGCUUGAGAAGUACUCACUGACUAAGAAGACGUACCUGACGCAAAUUUACGAAACAAGGCAGAAAUGGGCCAAACCAUACUUUGCAGGAAAAUUCUGUGCCAGGCAAACCAGUACUGGAAGGAGUGAGAGCGCAAAUCACAUGUUGAAACAAUAUGUUCCACCUUCUUGCUCAAUGAAUCUUUUUGUCAAGCAAUAUAACAAGCUGCAGUUUGACCGUGAACAAGAAGAAGGGUUCCAGGAGAAACGAACCAGGCUGAGUGGAGCUGUCUUGAAGGUCAACACCCCACUAGAAGUGCACGCUAGCAAGAUUUACACCAGGAAGAUGUUUGAGAUUUUUGGAGGAAUAUUGUAUGAAUCCGGAAGCUAUGAUGUAGAAGAGAUCAUACCAAAGCAGAAAUACAUGGUGACCCACGUCAAGGCUGAAAAGCAAGAGAAAUGGUUCAAAUGCCGAUAUGAGGUCAAUGUGUUUGAUAAUCUGGGGUAUUUCUCGUGCAUAUGCGACCUGUUCGAGCACAUGGGUAUGGUCUGCUGUCACUCGCUGCAGGUCAUGAAUGUGCUCCGGCUUAGGGAGAUUCCCCACAGGCACAUCUUGAAGAGGUGGAGCAUACAUGGCAGAGAUAAUUUGCCGGAUCAUCUCAAACAUUACCAACAGGACAUGGGCCCGCCGGACGCACCCACUUAUAGACAUUCUGCUUUGUACAUCACUGCCCUGGAGGUGGUUAAAAUGGGCGACAUAAACCAAGAAGCAUGCAAAUUCAUGUUGGAUGGAUUGGUGGAUCUUAGGGAGAGAGGAGCUGAGAUUAGCGCACCAAAUGAUGGCCUAGGCAUCGUUGAGCAGCAGGUCUCGAACAAUGGAGUUGCGGGUGGUUGCAGCAAGAAAACCAAGACUUGUAAGGCGGCGUGCUCUGUAAGAAGUGUUGAAGGGAAUCACAUAACGGCCAUAGGAGAAACAUCGGUGUCGGUUCAUCCACCAGCAAACCAAGGCGAGGGGGCACCGACGUCCAAAGACAUGGCAUCAGAAGGAUCCUGUCCAAAUGCAGAUAGCUACAAUUCAGACUUUUCUGAGGCUGCAUCCAGGUUUACUGUCAAUCUGGAUGAGAGUCUGCUUGCACCAGAAAGGAAAAAGAAACGUGGCCGGCCAACAACAAGCAGGGACAAGGCUCCAUAUGAGAAGGGAAGCAACAAAAGAUCAAGGUUUUGUUCAAUCUGUAGGGGCAAAGGCCACAAGUCAAGCACCUGCCCCGACCGUGGUGACGCCCCUAGAAAAGAAAGGAAAGUGGGCACAUGCAGCAAGUGUGGAGUGCCUGGGCAUAGGAAAACAACAUGCAGCAAGCCGCUCUUGUCCUCGAUGGCCGGUGUUCCUCCAUCUCAUUAGUUUUUCCAAAAUGUUUGUCUGAACUUCUCGUCCCCUGUAUUUGGCUAUUGUAUUAAUAAAAGUUCUCGAACGUUGUUGACUUCAAAA